AGAGAUACGUACGUAAACGGUAUAGUGUACCGGUAUAGAACGGUUGGCCUGGGUUAAAGAUCGCCGAUCAAUAGUUUUCUCACCGGCAGUUUCUAAUCAUGGCGGAUUUGGAAUUGGAUAUUGACAGCAUUCUUACUCGUCUUCUGGAAGCAAGAGGUAAACCAUACAAAACAGUUAAUCUAACAGAAGCAGAAGUAAGAGGUCUGUGUGUCAAAUCAAGAGAAAUAUUCCUUAGCCAACCAAUCUUAUUAGAAUUAGAAGCUCCUCUUAAAAUAUGUGGUGACAUUCAUGGUCAGUACACAGAUCUCCUUAGGUUAUUUGAGUAUGGUGGUUUCCCACCCGAUUCCAACUACCUAUUCUUGGGUGACUAUGUGGACAGAGGGAAGCAAUCCUUGGAAACAGUUUGUCUUCUCCUAUCCUACAAGAUCAAGUACCCAGAGAACUUCUUCCUCUUGAGAGGCAACCAUGAAUGUGCCAGCAUUAACCGAAUCUACGGCUUCUACGAUGAAUGUAAGAGGAGGUACAACAUCAAAAUCUGGAAAACAUUUACAGACUGCUUCAACUGCUUGCCUGUGGCUGCCAUUGUAGAUGAGAAAAUUUUCUGCUGUCAUGGAGGUCUGUCACCUGAUCUACAGAGUAUGGAACAAAUCAGGAGAAUAAUGAGACCAACUGAUGUCCCAGAAACAGGUCUUCUGUGUGAUCUGUUAUGGUCAGAUCCUGACAAGGAUGUAUCAGGGUGGGGUGAGAAUGACCGUGGUGUCUCCUUCACAUUUGGAAAUGACAUCGUGACCAAGUUCCUCAACAGACAUGAUCUAGACUUGAUCUGCAGAGCCCACCAGGUUGUGGAAGAUGGGUAUGAGUUCUUUGCAAAACGUCAGCUGGUCACGCUGUUUUCAGCUCCUAACUACUGUGGAGAGUUUGACAAUGCUGGAGGAAUGAUGAGUGUAGAUGAAACUCUCAUGUGUUCGUUUCAGAUCCUGAAACCAUCAGAGAAGAAGGCUAAGUACCAGUAUGCUGGAAUCAACUCUGGUAGACCAGGUACCCCUCCUAAAGGACAAGUCAAAAAGAAGUAGGGUCCUUGGCAAAGACCCCCUUAAUCUACAUAACCUUUCUUAAAACAGCCCAUGAGGGCGUGCUCUCUCAAUUUACCCAAUGGGCACUGUCAUACGGAUGCAAGUAACCUCGUUUGUCCAAGAUGGGUGGAGAUGAUGGCAGCAAAUAAAGUAAAUAGAAUGAUUCAUCUGUCUACAAAUCUAAAAUAUUUUAAUAAAACACAAAAGGGACUCAUGCAACAAGGAACAUUUGUGCACUGUUAAAUGAUUGCUGUUUAUGACGAAAACUAUGUGAGUUGCUGAAGUUUGCAUUGUUCUUGAGUGAUUUUGCAAUUAAAAACUUGCAAACUAAUGUAGGCCCAUAAGGAAUGCAUUUCAUGCAGGUUUAAUGCCUGAUAUUGUGGUCUUAUGGUCUGCAUUUGAGUGCAUAUUUUCAAUUAAUAGGUCACAAAUCUUUCAUGUUUAUAAAAUAAGUAGCAAUUGUAAACUUGACUGCCAUGGAAAUAUAAGGGGAAAAAAUAAAUCCGAAUUGAAAUAAAAUGGUAUUGCAUCUCAUUUAUUCUUUGGUUGCAUCAAACUAAAUCAGGAAGCUACUAUGAGAUAUGGAAAGUAGCUUUGCAUUUUCUAGCCAGACGUUUCCUAAAGUGAACAGCUACACAUGAAUGGGAUGUAAAUGGGAACAGAGCUGGUUGCUGUAUAAUAGUAGGAAGGCCAUUGUUGUGAUAUGUAUGAUCAUAUUUACAUAGAAUAGGUAUGUGAGCGGAGGGACAUGUUCACAUUUGAGUUUUGGACUGUGCAUAUAAACUGACUGCAGUUGACUUGAUUAUGAAUUGAUUCUUUAUAUAUUAAUUACCAUUUUAACAGAUUAACAAAUGCAGUCUUGGAAAGGGAGUUUUUUCAUGCAGUGUUUAUACAUAGACAAACAUGAAAAUGUGAUUUAUUACUUUGUACAUAAGACAUAGAGAAAGUGUGAACACUGGUAUAUUUCUGUAGCAGUGUGUUUUUACUGGACUGCAGCAAAAUAGGGUUUAUUAAGAUAUUUAAAUGUGAUAUAUUUAUUAUUAGCUGUGUAUAUUGAUUUGAUGUUAUCUCUACUUAUUUAGCAUAAUGAUGAUGUAAAUGUUUAGUUAUCCAUCUUAUGUCAAGAAAUGCAAAGACCAUGAAAAUGAAUUUAGGGCUUUCUUAUAACUUCAAUUUGCCAACUGAUUGCGAAGCAAUGGGAUUCGAUAAUUUCGUUGAGGCUUGGUAUGUAGAAAGUUGUUGAAUCUUGAUACCCGUGUUUUGUAAAUGAUACUCAGUUUUAGAAAUAAUACAAAACUAUCAACUUUUGGUGAUUUUAAGUUCAGGUUUCAUUUUGGUGUUCAUGUUGAUGUUAGCAGUGUACAUGUUAACAGUUUAGGUGUUGGUGUUUAUGAAUGAUAUCUGGCUCCUACACUGAGCAUGGGUUUAUAUAUGACAUACACCACUCACAUUGAUAGCUGGACACCUGCCUUCAAUGAGAUCAAUCCGAGCACCAGUUUCAUUUUUUGUUCAGUGCUGGACUGGUGUAAAUCACAGACACUGGAAGUCAACACCAAACUUGAAAUCGCCAUCAUUGAGAUAUUAUGCAACACACUACCACCUGUAUGACCAGUAGUGAAUAUUAUGAUAAUGCUUUCAUUGAGCAUUUUAAGUGUUUCAGUUUCAGAUUAUGUUAUAGAUACCGAUGGUAGGUGGAGCCUUGCAGCUCUUACGGAAUCCCAUUUUUAACCCGUUGCCUACUGAAUGUAAGUGGCCUAUUUACAAAGCCUUUGUGAAUUACAGAAUCCAGUAGUCAACUGGUUAGUUUAGCCAAAAUCAGUUGGGUACGAAGGAUAAUUUUCUGACUUUCAAUAAAGAGUGUUAGAUGUAACUGUGUAGUAGUUGGCACCUCACACUUAUGGUUUCAAAUACCAAAAUAAAGUAAAAGGAAAUUGCAAGUUCACAAGCAUCUUUGUAGUCACAGUUUGGUAAUAGAUUGUUAAGAAGGAUAAGAUUGCAUGCUGUUAUAUUUGGAUUAGGACAAUUUUCAAAAAAGGGGGCUGAUUUUUGUGAACUUUAUGGCCAGACUUCAUGAAUGUGUUUUUAAUUUGUGAUCUUGUACCAUGGUUUAUGCAGAUUUAAUUGCUCUUAUUAGUGCACAUAUUGAGGAAGAGUUUAGUAAUCAGUGCAUGCUUCUGCCAAAAUGUUCUAAAUCCAAGCUUGUAAUUACCAAGGUUAGAGCACUAGUGAGCCUACUGUUAUGAGCCAGUGAUCUCAUUGUUCAUACCAAUUGAUUUACAUUAACAAUAGACUCAUUAAUGCUGUAACCUUAGUAAGGGUAAAUGAGUGUGGUGUGAGAAAAGCUUGCAUACAUUCUUGGACACUUCUUGAACUGAAUUAAGUGCACGAGUAAUCAACACCUGGAAUCUGCAUAAACCAUGUUUUCAAAACACCCUUUUUUAAUUCGAACCUAAGUGAGGUACAGAUAUGCACUAGAUUUUCAAUAAAAGCAAAGUAUUCAUUCACCUAAAGAGAGUUGGUGGUGGUAUCGGUAUCAAACAAAUUAGUUCUAAGAGAUAUAUAAUGUAUUUAUAUAUGUGAAUUUAAAAUCUUUCAUGGCCACAUAUCAUCAAGUAAUAUAUUGUUUUUGUAGUAGUUUCAUUUGAUUUUUUUCACUCUGAGAGUGGAAAAAUAAUGUGCCUUGUGUAUGUUUGUAAGUAUUGUGAUAUAUUAUUAUCAGUUUUUUUUCAGCUCGUGGCUUGCAGUUCUUGAGUAGUCAUUUAGCAAGACAUUGAUUUCACCCUGAUCAUAUCAAUAGGUUUAUUUUUAAGGUUUUUCUUCCUCAAUUCAUGUUUUGAUGGGGAAAAUAUGAUGAUGAGUUUCUUUCCAGAUCAUUCUGUAACCAUUGUCUUUAAUUGGUACAUAUUUUCCUUCCGCCAUUCAGUCUCUCAGUAAAGUUAUCCAUGCUUUCCACUUAAACAUGAUGCAAAGUUGUCAUUGUUUGUUAUUCACUUCUCAUUCACAUUUUGAAAUGGGGAAUCAGCACAUGCUAAUAGAAAAUGUGCCUUGUUUAGGAAAUAAGUGACCACCCCACCCGUAAUGUCAUGUUAUGUCGACCCCCGUGACUGCAAUUUUCUUCAUGAAAGUGUAGCCUCUUGGAAAACAUGAGUAUUUUGCUAGUUCCUCUUUGAAGCCUCCUCCUAACUCCUAGUUGGCUGAGCAUAAUUGUAUUUUAUAGAAUAUCUUGCAAACAAUAGGCAGACAGCAAGUUUUGUUAUAUUUGAAUGUUUGUCAGAAAGCAUUUGUGUACCUUGGCCAUAAUACAGUAAAGUGUCCUUGACAUUUUUGUUCUUUGUAAUAUCUCUCAAUGCUUUGCUGUGCUCAUGUAUCAUUUUUUUCCAUAAUAAGCAGUAUUCUUGUAUAUGUUCACAAAUGUCCCUCGAUGCUGUAAGGGUAGCCGGCAAUCACUCUUGGCACAAUCUUUAGAGACUUGCAUCGCCUUCAUGUUUUCUGACAAGGUUCCCUUUACAGAAAGAGUUGUGAUCAAACCCAACUCCUAAAAUCAAACACAACUUGGUUUUCAACUAAUCAAAAGCGUGCAGCCUACACUUGAUUUUUAAAGUUGCAUUUGAACACAAUUUUUCUGCAACAGGCCCAAGGAGUAGCAAGUGAAAUAAUGAACUAUGUUGGAAUUUUAAAGAAAGUUUGCUUUCUAAAACUUUGAUUUUAGACUUUUGGAUAUAGAUAAAUACCUAGUAAAUGAGAGGGGAAAAAGUGUAAUAGGAUGAAGAUUGUCUUCUUUGGUCAUGAAAAUAGCAGCUUCAUUGCAUAUGUCAAGUAUUAUGAUUAUAGAGUUCAGCUAUAUCUGAAAAUAUGGUGGCUCACCAAGAAGAAUUUACCAAAUGAAAAUCUGAUUUUCUCAUUUUUUUUAUAGCUUUCUUUUGAUUACCUUCAGAAUAUGCUUUCCCUGUCAAAUCCCCAUAUCAUUUCUAACAAAUUUAUCUCAACUUUAUUUCAAAACAUCUUGCUUUGAUUUGUUGCUACACACACUAUCUAGUAUCCCUGCUCUUUUUUUAAAUCAAUGAUGAAUUGUUUUUUAUUGUUUUUAACUUUGAACUGGGAUACCUAUUUGAGUUGUUUUCUUCUCUCACGAUGGUGCUGGUUUUAAGACUAUUAAAAGAUUAAUGAAAGAGUAAUUUGGGUAAAAAGAAUAACAGCUCCCAGGAAAAUGCAAUUUUAAAGUCGCAUUAUUUAUGUUUGUUUUUUAUUUUCUUGGUGAUAAACUCUCAUUUUGACCCGGAAUGGUGAUAUGUCAAUGGAAAAUGAUUUCAAUGGAAUAUUAAGGGUUUGUUAAUUAAUGAUACAUAAUAAAUCAGAAAAAGUUUUCAUUUUA